AUGGAUGGGUCGUUCAUGAUUCUUAUGCAGCCAGCUGGGUCGCAUGUACAGGUCACGGUUCGCUCCGCUCACGACCACGACGAGCCGGAAGAGAUUGAUUCAAUUGUCGAUGUCCUCAGCAGUCGAAUCGAAGCCAGUCAAAUGUCGGCUCAGAUCCGAAUGUCUUUUCAGGAAACACAGCCAUAUUCGUCAGCCAGAUCCGAUGCCUCUAAGCAGCCCUGGAUCUGGGCUGUCGGCCCACAGACCCGUGACAACGACUCUCAGGUUAAAAGGGCCAGUUAUAACGCGAAACAUACCAGAGAUGGUGCAGGAGACGAAAUUGAACAGCAUAGCUCAUAUGGCGUCUUUUUCGCCGAUAUGACACAAACAGCACACUAUACCAAUGAUGGACCGGCCAUUUCGGGGCCCUACAAUGUCGCCGUGAGGUCUCAAGCGCAGUACUACAAGGACCUGGUCUACGUCCACGCCGUCCUGCUUGGUCUUGCCUUCGUAAUUGUCUUCCCGUUCGGUGUCAUCGGUCUGCGACUGCGUUGGAAAUUCGCCUUCCGCGUCCAUUUUGUUCUGCAGUCCAUCGCAACAGUCGCUUCUGUCGCUGGUCUGGCUAUAGCUAUUGCCCUCAGUGUUGUCGGUGUCCAGUACGACGGCUUUGAUGAAGCUCACCAGGUGUUUGGCAUUAUAAUUGUCGCAUUACUUGCCGCUCAGGUUGUUGGCGGUCUUUGGCACCAUCGACGCUUCCAGAAGAACGGUCGGAGAUUCGUCAUCAGCUACGCCCACAUGCUACUUGGACGCAUCUUGAUCUACUCUGGAAUGGUCAAUGCUAUUCUUGGCUGCCUCUUAGCCGAUGAUAACGUAAUUGCGUACGUUGUUGCUGCUGUCUCGUUCGUCCUUGCGUGUUUACUGGAGUUCUUUUCUUUCAAGCAGCGGAAGAACUCAGCACGAGACGCCGAAAGACUUGGAAGGCAUAAAUCAUCGUCCGACGAGCCCCUUCAGUCAGAUGCCCCGCUCACGACGCUCCCAAAGGGACCCGACCAGCCUGGAAACGCUUAA